GCGUCCGGCCCCGAAGUGGAGGAGCUCGCGCGCCUGCUGGGCGAGGCGUGGCGCGGGGCCGUGCGCGGCUACCAGGAGCGCGUGGAGCGCAUGGAGACGGCGCUGGGCGAGGCCCGCCAGAGGCUGGGUCAGGCGGUGCAGGGCGCCCGCCAGGGGCACCUAGAGCUGCAGCAGCUGCAGGCCGAGCGCGGCGGCCUCCAAGAGCGCAGGGCAGCCCUGGAGCAGAGGUUGGAGGGCCGCUGGCAGGAGCAGCUGAGGGCCACGGAGAAGUUCCAGCUGGCCAUGGAGGCCCUGGAGCAGGAGAAAAAGGACCUACAGAGUCAGAUUGCCCAGGUCCUGGAAGGUCGGCAGCAGCUGGCACGCCUCAAGAUGUCCCUCAGCCUGGAGGUUGCCACAUACAGGACCCUCCUAGAGGCUGAGAACUCCCGGCUGCAGAUACCUGGCGGUGUGUCCAAGGCUUCCUUCAGCUUCCAGGACCCCAAGCUGGAGCUUCAUUUUCCUGGUACUCCAGAGGGCCAGCGUCUGGGACCUUUGCUCUCUGUCCUCAGCCCUACUCCCCUCUCCUUGCCCUUACCUGAUACUCUUCAGACACCUGUUCCAGCCUUUCUGAAGAGCCAGGAAUCCCUCCAGGCUCGUACCCCCACCUUGGCCAGCACCCCUAUCCCACCCACAACUCAGGCUCCCUGCCCUGCUACAGACGGAGAGAUCAGAGCCCAGGAUGCCCCUCUCUCUGUGCUCCAGCCAGAGGUUGGGCGGCAACAGUUUCCACAGGCCGUGGGGGCUGAAGCCAAUGUAGCCAUCCCUGCCUGCGUCCUGCCAGGACCAGAGGAGCCUGGGGGCAAGCAGCUAAACGCCAGUCCAGGCCAGUCCCCUGAGGAUCAUGCCUCCUUGGCCCCACCCCUCAGCCCUGACCACCCCAGUUUAGAGGCCAAAGAUAGAGAACCCAGUGAGACUAGAGUGUCCAGCAGAUUUCAGGAGGAUGGUGAAGGGGAACUGUGGGAACUGGCAGAGAAGGAAAUAGCCAUAGAGGUCAAAGUGGUAAGCAGCCUGCAGCAGCAAACACAGCAAGAAGAGGGGGAUCUGGGCAGGAAGGAAAUCCAGGACUCCCAGGGUCCUUUGGAAAAAGAAACUCUGAAGUCUCUGGAAGAGGAGGGUCAAGAGCCACUGAUGUUUCUGGAAAAACAGAGUCCAGAGACACUGAGACCUCUAGGGAAGGAGAAUCAAGAGCUAUUGAAGUCUUUAGAGGAAAAGGACAUCGAGGUAGCGAGAACUCUAGAAAAAGAGACUCUAGAACUAUUUAAGCCUAUAGAAAAAGAGGACCCGCAGACAUUGCAAUCUCUAGAAAAAGGGAAUCAAGAACUAAUGAAAUCUCUUGAAGAUAAUCUAGAGACAUUUUUAUAUCCAGGGAAGGAAAAUCAAGAAUUAGUGAAGUCUCUAGAAGGGGAGAACUUUGAGUCCUUGAGAGCUCUAGAAAAAGAGAAUCAAGAACCACCAAGGUCUGUAGAAGAAGAGGACCAGAAAACACUGAGAACUCUAGAAAAAGAAAAUCCUGAGUCUCUGAGGUCUCUAGAAGAGAAUCAAGAGUCCUUGAGGUCUCUAGAAAAAGAGAACCAGGAACCACUGAGGUCUCUAGAAGAAGAGGACCAAGAGACAACGAGACCUCUAGAAAAAGAGACUCAACAGCCACUGGAGUCUCUAGGAGUAGAAGACCAAAUGACAUUGAGACCUCUGGAAAAGGAGAAACCAGAGCCACUGAAGUCUCUUGGAAAAGACCAGGGGAUGUUUAGACCUUUUGAAGAAGAGAAUCAAGAGUUAUUAAGGUCCCUAAAAGAAGAGAGUAUAGAGGCAGUAAGAUGUUCAGAAACAGAGAAUCUAAAACCACUAAAGUCUGCAGGAGAAGAUCUGGAAAUAUUAAAGUCUACAGAAAUUCAAGGGCCAUUGUGGUCUCUGGAAGAAAUGAAUCAGGAGACAAUGAAACCUCUAGAAAAGGAAAUUCAAGAAUCGCUGGAGUCUGUGGAAGAGAACCAAGAGUCAUUGAAGUCCCUAGAAAAGGAGAAUCAAGAAUCAUUGAGAUCUCUGGGAGGAUGGAACCUAGAAAAUUUGAGACCUCUGGAAGAGGUAGACAAGGAAAGUCAAGAGUAUCUGGAAGAGGAAGAGAACUUGGAGAAGGGAGAGAAUCCAGUGUCACUGAGGUCUCUGGAAGAGGAGGAGCAGGAGCUGCUGCUGUCUGCAAAUCAGCAGAGGUGGGAAGAUGUGGUGGUGGGGGGCCAAGAACUGGAUCAGGAAACCCCCUCUGGGAGGGCUGGCGUGGACGAUGAGGAUGAAGCAGAGCUGGGCCGGAGGGAAUGUGAUGGCUUCUCUGGAAAGGAGGGAUCUGCAGAGGAGGGAGAACUGCAGUUGACUGCCAUAGGAGGAGCCUGGAGCACAGGUGAGGGGCACCCAGGGAGCCCUGAGCCCAAAGAGCAGAGGGCUCCAGCUGAGGGCGCCAGUGGGGAGGGAGUUGCUGAGGGCCUUCAGAAACCUGAAGAGCCAGAGAACGUGGAGGCCCGAGGCCUCCAUGCUCCCUGGAGAAUGUCAGAGGUGAUAGAGCCAGUAUUGGAAAAUGAGGAUGGCCCAGGGGGUGGCCGAGCCUCCCCAGAGGUCACCUUGGGGUUGGAGGCAGCCGUGGGUGAGUCUGCUGCAGGAGCUGAGCAGGGACUGGAGCAGAAGAUGGUAGGGUUGGAGGACCCAGGCCACCUGACCAGAGAGGAGGUGAUGGAGCCACUCCUGGGGGAAGAAAGUUUGGAGGCAAAGAUUGUGCAGGGCUUGGAAGGGCCUGAAAAGGACCUAGAGGAGGCAGCUGCUCUGGAGCCAGAGCUUUCCAUACUGCCCAGGAAGAGCAGAGACUCUCUGGAGUCUCCUGGGGCUGGGGAGGAGUUGGAGCCUGAGGUCCCCUCGGGAGAAGACGAGGUGCUCCCUGCUGAGACCUUGUGCCAUGAUGCAAGUGAUACCCCUCAACCCAGGCUCCUGGGGUCAGAGGAAGCUGAGGAGGAUGCAGAACCAGGGCUAGGGUCCUCCAGCCCCAGGCCCCCUGAGCCCUGGUCGCUCACCCCAAUCCCUGAAGCUGCCCCUGGGCCCCAGCCCCUAGCAGAGGGGAACCAGGAGGCUAGCUGGGGGCUGGAGGGCAGGGCUGAGGCCCUGGAAAAGGUGGAGGGUGAGAAGGAGGAGUUGGGUCCUGGGGGACUCCCCGAGGGCCUCCAAGAUGAGGAGGAAGAGAGCAGAGAUGAGAGUGAGGCUGAUGAGCUGGGGAUGAAGACACAUAUCAUGUGCCCGCUCCCUAUCUUCGGGAGUGGAUUGAUCGUUCCGCCCAUUGUUCUAGUCCUUAUCCCUAAUCCCCACGCUGCACACCAAGUAGAUGUAGAGGAGGCAUCUUAUCGUGAUGAGGAGGCGGUGAACAAGGAGGAGGAGCAGGAGGAGGACAGAGGAGGGGGAGACGGGGGAGACAAAGACGAAGAAGAAGAGGAUAUGGAAGAGGAGGAGGAGGAGGAGGGAGAUGAGGAGGAAUGUGGCCAGGACUCUGACCUGUCAGAGGAAUUUGAGGACAAUGUGGGGACUGAGGCUUCUGUCCUUCAUGGGGACCCCAGGGAACUGAUGGAGCCUCUGGGCCAGGUGUCCCAGGUGCUACUGGAGCCUGCAGCCUGGGGUCAGGAUGGGGAGUCUGAUGGGUUUGCAGAUGAGGAAGAGAGUGGGGAGGAGGGAGAGGAGGAGGAAGAAGAGGAGCGGAAGGAGCCAGGGGGUGGGCAGUGGGGGCCGGGGCCCACUGUUGACAGCCUUCCUGCCAUGAGCGGCCCUCAGAGGGGGAACCUCUUGGGGUCUGAGACUGUGGAUGUCAACAUCCCCUGGGAUGAUGGCUUGAGGGGUGCAGCAGCUGAUCCGCCUAUGACUGCCCAGGAGACCGAGUCCCAAGACAGCAUGGAGCCCUCUGGCUCAGAGGAUGAGUCUGACGAUGCUCCCUUGGAGAGGGAGGACCAAGUUCCAGGCCCUCUGGGGACCCUCAGUGGGACAGAGGACACCCCUGGUAUCAAUGGCCAGGGCCCCAGCUUGAAGGACGAGUUGGAGCAUGUGAAUGGGGGGUUGGUGAAUGGGGUGCAGCAGUCUGAAGGAGCAGGGCAGGGAAAACUGGGGGCCCUUGAGGGGGACCAAGGGAACCCUUUGGAGGAGGAGGAGGGGAAUGCCCUGAAGACCCCUUGGGCAGGGGCUUCUCUUCAUCUGGACCCAGGCCAGUUCCUAACGUUCACUCAGAGGGAAGGAGAUGGGGACUCAUUGUCUCCUGGUGACUCGGGGGAGGACUAGAGACAGUGCUGUUCCCGCGCUUAGGACUUGAGCGUGGACAGGUCCCCAAGCCUCCUCCCUGCUCAGGGCCAGCACCUUAACUUAUGAUCUCCCGACCUGUGGUUUCUGCCCAAGAGGCCUGGCUGGCCAAGGUGAAAUGGGGUGUGGGAAGGGCACCUACCUGUCCCGAAAAUGGAGGCUCCAGGAAUAAAAACCAGCCCCUCAGACCCUGCAGAGUGGGCAUCAUGCCCGCACUGUCCCAUGAGGUUUAAGCCAACUGAAUCCCUGUAGGACUAGGCCCCUUUUCCUUGCACCCCCUGUCCUUCCCAUCCUUUUGGCUGGAAAAGGCCUGGGGCCCGGUGGCUCCUCCAAGAAGAAGGUGGCUGUGGUGGUCGUUGUGUGGGGGCGCUCACCAGCCCUGUCCCUCCUCACUGUACCCUCAUGGGAUGUCUGGUCAGUAAGGGGGUGCUCCUAUGUCCUGACCCCCCAUAUUCCUGCCCUGUGUGACCCUCUCUGGCUCCUCCCUGCUUGAAUAAAGUAAUGCUUCCACCUACAAA